GCACCAGAGUGAGGAUUGAGUAGCAGCAUCCAACAGGCAACAUGCACCAUAAGAAUAUUUAUAUUUGAAGAAAUGUAGACUUAAGUACCUGUUGAGGCUCCAUGGAGGAUGAUGGCGUCUUUUCUUCACUCUUCUUGGACAUCUUUUCUCCCGUGGAAUAUCAGACGAAUGAUGUAAAUCCGUGGAGAUGAAAAGCGCCACUUUAGGGCUUCUUUUCCUGCCUGCUGGUGCCUGCGGACGAACGCACAAGUUUGGAGCAGGAUUUGGGCACGGAACCAGGGGGCCACACGUCGGGGGCCGAAGGAGCGACUAUGCGGGUGAUGAAGCUGCGUGGCCCCGGGCCCUCACUCCGGCUACUGAUGUCCGUGAUAGUCUUCAUGUGGCCCGGGUCUCACUCGCACCCGCAGCCCUGCCAGGUUCUAAAGCGGAUCGGCAACACGGUCCGGGUCGGGGUUCUGCACGUGCAGCCUCGCCUGCUCCCCGACACCGGAGGAGGGUCCGGAGGCUCCGGAGGCUCCGGCGGGUGGGAGGACAGCGGAGGCUGGGACGACGAGGGCACCGCAGGUGGGCGAGCGCAGCUUCCUCAAAGCGCGGCUGCGGAGUUAAGAAGUCUGCGGAUCAGAGGUUCCGCUCCCGGCCAGCGGGGUUCGAACAGGGGGAGAUUUAAUACCCGUCAGCGGGAAGGAAGCCCGGCGGAAGAUCGUCGGGUCUUCGCGCCCAAAGACUCCAUCCUGCUGGCCGCGGAAACUCUCAACCGAGCCGGGCUUCUCCCCUUCAACCUGUCCCUGGAGCUCGUCAUGGCGGUGGGCUCGGGGCUCGGCGGGCUACCCGCCUUCUCCUUCACCUCGCCGGGCAGCCCCGAGCACGAAGACCCGCUGUCCUUCCUGGAGAGUGUGUGUCACACGGUGGUGGUGCAGGGGGUCUCCGCCAUGCUCGCCUUCCCGCGGAACCGCGACCACUUUGUCAACUUGGACUUCGUUUCUCAAGCACUUCGGGUGCCGGUCAUCAGCCUGGUUCCGACCCACUUUAGGCGCCAUAGUCAGAAUCCUCUUCAUUUCCAAAUGGCCAUGCAGACCGUGGAGGCCCCGGCAUCUCGUCUUCUCUACUCCCUGCUGAUGCUGAACGGCUGGUGGGACAUCAGUGUCCUUCUCUGCCAGGAGUGGGACGUUAGGGAUUUUUUGUCCCUCAUCAAGAAUAACACCCGUUUCCACCUGGGUGCUUUUGUCAACUUGACCGCAUCAACCUCAGCGCCAUCUUCACCAACCUCAGCUGGAGCGUUAGGUGUGGUCACAGGUGCAGAAACCUCAUCAUUUUCCCACCAUUUGUCCUCGUCUUCGGAUUCUGCCUCCUCCACUAAAGUGGACCUUCAUCAGGCUCUCAUGCGGCAGUUGGAGGCCCUAAGAGAACCUUCCUCCACAAAAGGAGUGGUGACGUUCGGCUGUGAUAUCCGGGAGGUGCGGCGCCUGUGGACUCUGGCCACUCGGAUGACUUUGCCGGAAUUCCACUGGAUUUUGGGGGAUAGCCAGAAUGUGGCUGAGUUGAGAACAGAGGGUUUACCCCUGGGGCUGCUGGCUCACGGUGUCAUGGCGUCCCAUACUCUGGAUCACUAUGUACAUGACUCCCUGGAGCUGGUGGCACGGGCUGUGGGAAGUGCAGCCCAAGUAAAACCGGCCCUGGCGCUAAUUCCUGGAACUACAAAUUGUAUGGACGUACAGCAAAACAAUGGAAGCUCAGGGGAAUACUUGACAAGAUUUCUUUCCAACACAUCCUUUGAGGGCCAAAGCGGCUUCAUCUCCAGAGACCGUCAGGGCCAGAAUGUCAUCUCGGAGGCCCAUCACUACAUCUGGUCCCUCCAGCUGGACCCUCUGGGCCAGCCGACCUGGACUAGGCUUGCACGUUGGCGCAGGGGCAAAGUCCUGAUGGACCAGAGGGCCUGGCCCAGCCACCAGGGUUCUGGAGGUGGAGGCGACUGGCGCAGACCCACAAGGCUGCAUUUGCGGGUGGUGACCCUGGUGGAGCACCCCUUCGUUUUCACCCGAGAGGUGGACGGAGACGGUCUAUGUCCCGCCGGCCAGCUGUGCCUCCACCCGCUCUCCAACGACUCCUCGGUUUUAGAGGGACUUUUUCAGAACCUUGCAGGACCGAACGGAUCCAUACCCACGGACUCAAAGAAAUGCUGCUACGGUUACUGCAUUGACUUGUUGGAGAAGCUGGCAGAGGAUAUGGGCUUCACCUUUGAUCUCUACAUUGUUGGAGAUGGAAAGUACGGAGGCUUUAAAAAUGGUCGCUGGACAGGAUUGGUGGGCGACCUUCUCAGUGGUGCUGCUCACUUGGCCGUGACCUCUUUCAGCAUUAACUCAGCACGAAGCCAAGUCAUUGACUUCACAUCACCUUUCUUCUCCACCAGCCUGGGAAUUCUGGUGCGCACGCGGGACACGGCCGCUCCCAUCGGUGCCUUCAUGUGGCCCCUGCACUGGUCCAUGUGGCUGGGCAUCUUUGUCUCGCUCCACGUCACCGCCAUCUUCCUCACCCUGUACGAGUGGCACAGUCCAUUCGGGAUGACGCCGCGCGGACGGAACCGAGACCGCGUCUUCUCCUUCUCCUCGGCUCUCAACGUGUGUUACGCCAUCCUCUUUGGGAGAACCGUUGCCAUCAAGCCUCCAAAGUGCUGGACCGGCCGUCUGCUGAUGAACCUGUGGGCCAUAUUUUGCCUCUUCUGCCUGUCCACCUACACCGCCAACCUGGCCGCCGUCAUGGUGGGCGAGAAGACCUACGAGCAGCUGUCUGGGAUCCAUGACCCCAAGUUGCACCAUCCCUCUCAGGGAUUCCGAUUUGCUACGGUGAGAGAGAGCAGCGCCGAGGACUACGUGAAGAAGAGUUUUCCCGAGAUGCACGAGUACAUGAGACGCUACAACGCCCCGGCGACGCCAGACGGCAUUCACAACCUCAAGGCCGAUCCCCAGAAACUGGAUGCUUUCAUCAUGGACAAAGCUCUGCUGGACUACGAGGUCUCCAUUGACGCAGACUGCAAGACCCUAACUGUCGGGAAACCAUUUGCCAUCGAAGGCUACGGGAUCGGACUACCUCAGAACUCCCCGCUCACCUCCAACUUCUCGGAAUUUGUCAGUCAGUACAAGUCAGACGGCUUCAUGGACAUGCUGCAUGACAAGUGGUACAAGGUGGUGCCCUGUGGGAAGCGCAGCUUUGCCGUGACGCAGACGCUCCAGAUGGGUAUCAAGCAUUUCUCCGGCCUUUUUGUGAUGCUGUGUGUGGGUGUGGCCUUAUCUCUGCUGACCACCAUAGCGGAACACAUGGUGUACAAGCUGCUCAUCCCCAGGGUCAAGGAGCCCCGCUUGAAAUACUGGCUGCACACCAGCCAGAGACUACACCGAGCCCUCAACUCCGUGUUUGCUGACGACAAACUGCAGACCGUCACUUCCGUCAAAAGGUGCAAUGAAGGGAACAACCAGUCGGCAUCCUGGAAUCCAACCGAUUCAUCUCUCUGCAACAGGCGCAGGGUUCUUCCGAAGGAGACGCAGAACGACUUGGAACGGCCGUGUUCCCAGGAUCCAGCCUCCGCUCUUCCUUUGCCGGAGAAACAACUUCCCAUAGUGACCACCUCCAAUGGACGCUCCAACAUGUUAGGUCGUUUGUGUAUCCAAGGACUCGGGCAAGGGCAGGGGAGCUCAGCACCGGGCGUGGCCCCGGGACAGUGUCGGGGUUUGGGUGUGGGGGACAGCGGUCCUGGUGUGAACGUGGGUCGGAGCCCGCUCAUGCAGGAAUUAUCCGAACUGGAGAACCAAAUCACUGUAAUAAAGCAACAGCUGCAGUCAGCCAUGAGGAGGAAGCGAGAGCUGGAACUGUACCAGUCAGAGAACCAGCUAGCAAACCAGACUGUACCGAGUCAGGCCACGACGCAGCAGUCCAACCAGUUCCUACAGUACACUCAGUCCCACCAGCAGACUAACCAACACCAAAACACACUCCCAGAGUGCUGAAGUCUUUCCAGGAAAACCUUCCGACACCUUUUGGUCUUUUCCUAAAAGGGUUACACAUCUCGGGCGCCGGUACACAUUUGAAGGACAUCCUAAGAUUCAGGAGAACAUCUGGAAGGAUCCGUCAGUGUAAUUCUAGGAGUUCUAAUGGACACUUUUCUGAACCAAGCACCAAAUCAGUCCUUCCUUGCUUGUUGCAGUUACUGCUGAGCUCAGUCCGUCACCUCCUGCAAAUCUUUCAUUAUCUUCAUUCCCUUUCCACUCUUCCAUUUCUCUCUAAGCUCCACCUCUGGAAGAGAAUAGAUUUGCCUUGAUCCCAGAUAUGAGGACCCGAACGGGUGGAAACACCUGAGUCUUAUGGUAUGGCUCAUUGAGAGUAUCAAUGACCUGAGCUUGAACCCAGCCAGUUAAGUCUUGGUGUCCCUGAGGUCUUGAGGAAACCUUCUUUCUUUCAGAGGGUGACGGAAACUCAUAAGAGAAUCAACAAUCUUUUCCAAAGAUUUUGAUGCUUGGUAGGAAGAGCGGCUCACAUUCAGGAAGGACAUACUGUUUGUUUGUGGUAAAAUAUUAUUAUUAUUGUUUUUUUACAGAUCAAAGAAAGCUGUGCCAUAACAAUAUAAUUGGAGUUUGACUUCUGGACAUGAGGUAUAUCACCCUCUAUGUAAAAAAAGGGCUUCUUGGGCUUCUUUGCAACAUGCUAAGCAAGCUCAAGAAGUAUUUUUGCUGAAAUAGUACCUCUGAAUAUGCACACAGAAAUCCUUUAAGAAAUACAGUGGUACCUCGGACUAUGGGUUUUUCGGGAUACGAGCUAUCUCUCAGCUACUGUAAGUAGAUUCCUAUGUCCACAUUCGCUGUGAACGUGAAGAAUUGGGGUGGGGUGGUGCACUAUCCACUGUAGCCACCAGAUGGCAAUAGAGCAGGGGUCACCAACGCGGUAGCCCGUAAGGACCAGAUGAGUCACCCGUUGGCCUGUUCUAAAAAUAGCUCAAAUAGCAGCACUUACCAGUGGGCUGCCUCUAUUUUUUAAAUUUUAUUUAUUUACUAGCAAUUUGGUCUGGCUUUGCUUGACAUUUUUGAUUCUAAGAGAGACAAAACUCAAAUAGAAUUAGAAAAUCCAAUAAAAUAUUUUAAAGACUUGUUUAAAUAAAUUCAUUUAUUUUUUUACUUUGCUUCCUAUAACUUUCAGAAAGACAAUUUUAGAGAAAAAAUACAACCUUAAAAAUUAUUUUAGGAUUUUUAAACACAUAUACCUUUUAAAUUCCUUCCUCUUCUUUCCUGACAAUUUAAAUCAAUGUUCAAGUAAAUUGAUUUUUUUUUUAUUGUAAAGAAUAAUAAAUACAUUUUAAUUUAAUUCUUCAUUAUAGCUUCUGUUUUUUUGACGAAGAAUAUUUGUGAAAUAUUUCUUCAAACUUAUUAUAAUUAAAAUUCCCCAAAAUUAUUCUGGCAAAUCUAAAAACAUUUUAGAAUCACAUUUAAGUCUAAUUUCAAAGUCUUUUGAAUUUCUUUUGAAAUUUUUGUUCUGGAAAAUCUAGAAGAAAUAAUGAUUUGUCUUUGUUAGAAAUAUAGCUUGGUCAAAUUUGUUAUAUAUUCUAACAAAGUGCAGAUUGGAUUUUAACCUAUUUAAAACAUGUCAUCAAAAUUCGAAAAUUAAUCUUUUUUUCUUUUCUUUUCUUUUUUUUUUCUAAAAUUAAUCUUAACCAGGAAAAAUUACUAAUGAUGUUCAAUAAAUAUUUUUUUUAAUUAUUUGUCCUUGUUAGAAAUACAGCUUGGUCCAAUUUGUUAUAUAUUCUAACAAAGUGCAGAUUGGAUUUUAACCUAUUUAAAACAUGUCAUCAAAAUUCUAAAAUGUAUCUUUUUUUCUUUUCUUUUCUUUCCUUUUUUUUUCUACAAUUAAUCUUAAUCAAAAAAGAUGACUAAUGAUGUUCCAUAAAUUAUUUUUCCAAUUAUUUGUCUUUGUUAGAAAUACAGCUUGGUCCAAUUUGUUAUAUAUUCUAACAAAGUGCAGAUUGGAUUUUAACCUAUUUAAAACAUGUCAUCAAAAUCUAAAAUAAUCUUAAUCAGGAAAAAAUACUAAUGAUGUUCCAUAAAUUAUUUUUUUAAUUUUUUUCAAAAAGAUUCGAAUUAACUACUUUUUCUCUUCUUUUUUUCCGUUGAAUUUUGAAUUUUAAAGAGUCGAAAAUGAAGAUAAACUAUGUUUCAAAAUUUAAUUUUCUUUUUUUUUCCUGUUUUCUCCUGUUUUAAACUGUUCAACUAAGUGUGUAUUCUCUACAAAAAAACUUAUUUAAAAGGAAAAAAAAAUGUACGACAGAAUGACAGACAGCAAUACCCAUUUUUUUUUAUAUAUAUAGAUUUAUUUAUUAAAGGUAAAUUGAGCAAAUUGGCUAUUUCUGGCAAUUUAUUUAAGUGUGUAUCAAACUGGUAGCCCUUCGCAUUAAUCAGUACCCAAGAAGUAGCUCUUGGUUUCAAAAAGGUUGGUGACCCCUGCUAUAGACAAAAUGCACAUCUAAAAUCCGAACUUUGCAAUUGGCCCAAAUCCCCCCCCAAAUGGGAGCUAAAAACCAAAAUGUCUAAAGACCUGUGCGUGAUACUGAACAUGGUCUUUGAUGAGGUCCAAGCGUCCUAUCAUGAUGAAACAGUUCUUGUCUUGCAAGGGGGCGAAGCACUGAUUAAAUUGAUUCCAAUUCAUUUGGAUGGGUGAAGCCGUGUCCCAAACUAAGAUUUGGGAUGACAGAAGCAAUAACCUGGUAAACCCGAAGUACCACUGUAGUACCACUGUAGUACCACUGUAGUCACUACUGAAACUGUGCCUCUGUGAAGACACCUGUGUUCUUGCACUUCCUGUUCAAGGCCCAAGUUCUGUCAUUAAAAUCACUUCUCCUGUUUGCACUUCAAA